GAGUGAGUGAGAGUGAAAAACUGGAAGCCAAACAACAAGAAGGAGGAGGCCAUGUUGUGAGAAGGAGUGGGUGAGCGAGAGACUGAAACACAAUUCAGACAGUUGGAUGAGGAAGUAGUGAUGGUGAGCACAUGGGUGUGGUUGGUUAGCAGUUACUCCAUCAGCCUUUCAAUAGUGGCAGACAGAGGAAAGCAUCGCAGAUGAUGAGGCUGUGGACAAAUCUCUGGACCAGGGCACCUUACAGAAUGGAUACAAAGAUUCAUUUUGCUUCUUUGACCAUUCUCCUUUUUGUCACGUUAAAUGUGUCAAGAGCUCAGACUCCCACACCCGUGGAUCAAAUGGAGACUGUGAGCAGCAGUACGGCAGGCGCAACGAUGCUCACUGCUCCGACUCCCAAUGGAAGAAGAAUGGACACCAGAGUCACCAGAGAUGUUGUUGCCUCCCUGGGAACUUCCCCUGCUGAACAAACCAUAAACCAGAACACCAGCAACCCAGUUAAAGUCAACACCACCACAUUAGAGACUACACCCUCCACAGUGUCCAGUGAGAGAACAACAAAUUCACAAACAAAGCCCACAUCCACUCCAGCAUCCACAGUGAACUCCACCACAUCCACAGCUAAGAAAACCACCACAAACGGGAGCCAUCAAACAGUUGCCUGGGAUCCAAAGUGGGACCAAGAUUUCAGCUAUGAUUAUAAGUCCCUGCGCAAGGCUGGACUGGGCAUUGCAGCCAUUCUCUUCAUCCUGGGCAUUAUGAUUAUCAGCUGUGGUAAAGUGUGUAAGCCGCCCAAGUGUCGCAAGAAGUCAUCAAAGUCAUAUCAAGUGGCCCAAGGAUAAGGAGAGAGCAUGCGUGCAGUGAUAAUAGUAAAGUGUUGCAGAAAACCAACCUGGAGUUCAUCACAGUCAACACGCAUUUUGUGUGAAUAUGAAUUGAUUGAAUGACUGUAUGCUGCUUAGUAACAAUGUCAUUGAAAAACACUGAAUAAACAGAAAACAUGAAUUCUA